AUGGGCCGCUUCAUUGAAGCCAUGAAGACCGUCUACGGCCCCUUUGACGAGUUAUCAAGUGAUAGUGCAAAUGAUUGGAUCCCUCCUGAUAAUCCCGGAGCCGGCGGCCAUCGCGGCAGGUAUCUCUGGACAGAUGCCUUUGGAGUCGUCAACUUUAUCACUCUCUUCAAGGAAACCGCCAAACCAAAGUAUCUCACACUAGCGAAACGAUUGGUGAUAACUGUCCACGAUAUACUAGGCCGCACAAGGGACGGAAAGAAAAGACUGGACGGCGCAACGGAUGAAGAGCCGCUAGUAGGAGGCCUGCGAAUCGGCAAGCUAGAUGCUUCGGGGAGCGACGGCGAUGGACAGUACCAUCAUUAUUUGACCCUGUGGAUGUUUGCGCUAAAUAGGCUUUCUAUUGCGGCGGGUGAGAGAGACUGGAAUGAUUUGGGAAUCCAGUUGGCGAGGGCGAUUCAUCCGCGGUUCUUGGUGCAUUGCUUGUCGGGGGGCGUCAAGAUGGUGUGGAAGAUAUCCAUGGAUAUGAAGAGUGUGCUUGUCCCUUCCGAGGGCCAUUUAGAUGCUGCGACGGGAUAUGUCGUUUACAAGUUGAUGCAAACGACUGCAUCGAAACAGGGCCAUCGAAAUGGUGUGUUACAGCAGGAGAUUAACGAUUACUGGAAUCUCAUGUCCAGAAAAGGAAGCUUGUCUCCUGGAACCGACAUGCUGGAUCUGGGCAUGGGACUAUGGAUGUGUCACAUCUGGAGAGACGAGCCGUGGGCCAUCAAAUUCCGCAGCAAGGCAUUGCCAAAAGCAGAGGAGCUACUUGACUCAACUUCCAUAAUGAUGCAACGAAGCGCAUCACGAAGACUGGCGUUUCGCGAGUUUGGCACAUGCGUUGGCGUGAGUUGUAGUGAUGCGAGUGAAGAGCUGCAGGAUCAAGUGGAAGAUUUAUUGCAGUUUUGGGAUAAGCACCUGGAUCGAGGAGAUGGGGAGGACGAUUUGAAGCCGAUUUCGCGAGUGAUGUAUGCGACGGGUCUGGUUGUUGGAGCUUUUAGGAGAGGAUAUCUUGAAGAUGAGGUGGAUUGA